AUGGACUGGCUACGGCUGGCAUGUCUUGCGCUCGCAUUAGCGUUUCCAAAUAUUUGCCUAGCUAAGGAAUCCAUUACAAUUUAUCUCAAAACGGGCACUUUAAAGCUGGACGAGCCAACGAGGUCCGCAACCAACAUUCGAGGUUUGUUAGACAGCACGUCCGCCAGCCCCCCAGGAUCGUCAGGUUCAGAUCCGAGCUUGGCUCAGGCGUUCUUCGUGUCAUACGCUGUCGGGGCCCAGCGGGGGGCACUGUACAAGCACCUUCGCCGCAACCGCGGCAUUGUCCAUGGAUUCAUACCGGAAAACACUUGGCUGGUUUCCUCUACGCCCGCUGUCCUGUCGGAAGCGCUCUCUAGAGGCCUCGCCAUCAGCAUUUUGCCUUGCCUCCCAGAGCACAAGGUUGCGCCAGAAUGGUCGUAUGUCGUUCCUGGAGGGGCCCUGUUCACUGCGCGGGGCGACAGCUCCAGCCAGACAGCAGAAAGCACAAGUGCAGGGACAGCUGAGGCGCUGGGCAUGGAUGGCGCGCGCGACUCCGACGGCGGAGCGAACUUCGACAGUGUCCAGGAGGCCCCCUCCAGCUCCCCCGCUCGCCAGUACAUUCACCGGCCCCGCAUUUCGGCGCAGCCCCGUGGGCGGCGGCUCAUAGCGGCCAUUUGCGCAGCGGACCUCCCCGCAGCGCUGGCCUGGCUAUCAUCCCAGCGAGAAGUUCAUUGGCUGGAACCCACGCCGCGUCUAGCUCGGAGAGAUCUCGCAGGGGACCUGGUCGUGCAACUUGGCGGCAGGGAUAUGGCAGCAGUGGCGGCGGCUGCGGCGGCCGCGGUGCAGCCCGCCGGUGCAGCCGCCCUGCCGUACUGGUCUCGCGGCCUGGACGGCAGCUCUCAGCUGCUCGGCAUCUCAGAUAGCGGAGUGGAUAUGGACAGCUGCUACUUUUUCGACCCCUCGAUGCCCAACGUGGCUGGUAUGCUUGUACAAGACCCAACACGACGGGGAGCCAGAGUCUUUAGGAGCGAUGCGCAUCGAAAGGUCGCCAGCUACUACUGCUACUCAGACUUUGGCGACGCUGAUGGUCACGGGACCCAUGUCUCGGGUAUCGCUGUGGGCGCCUGCUACGGCUCCAUCCAGGGAAGAAAUGUUAGCGGCGGCGGCGGCGGCGGGGAGGGUGUCGUGGCAGCGGCGCCGCCGUCGCCGCUGCCGUUGCCGCGGACCAGUCCUGGCCCACCUGCGACGGCUGCCUUAAUGAAAACGUACAAACUGCCGUCGUACGAAGAGAUCUUGCAGUAUCAGUUGGACGUUGGCGUGUUCGUACAAUCAGACUCCUGGGGCAGCAAGCAGGCGUUUUGGUACAACAGUCUAUGUGAGCAGUUAGAUGACGUCACGUGGCGCAAUCCGCAACUGCUGGUGUUGACCGCAGCUGGAAACGACGGCAAUCUACAGCCGCGGCCCGCCAACGGCACCGUGUCGGCUCCCGCCAACGCUAAGAAUACGCUAUCGGUGGGAUCCACUCUAAGCUGGGAGCCCGCUACCGACCCCGCCAGCGGUACUCUGCGGCUGCGGAUCUGGACAGGAACUGCCGACCCGCCGGACACGAAGCCGAUCGUCGUCGUCGCCACCGCUGCCCUUGACACCGUGCCGUCGAAUACGACAGGACGUGGGGUGGCGGCGGAGGCGGAGGCGGAGGCACUGGGUCUGCCUUCGGGGCCGCCGUCGCCGCCGCCACGGCGGCGCAAGCUCCCCGCCGCAUCGCCGGCGCCGCCAGCCUCCGCUGCUGCCCUUCCGUCAGCCUUCAGCUUCGACCUGCUGGUUGACCUGCCUCACCAAACGAGCGGCGGCGGCGGCGGUGGUGACUUCCGUACAUUAAAGGACUUGGAGGGCAUGGUCAUGGAGGUCAUCGCGGCCACACCCUCUGCCGCAUGUCGCAAGCUGGCCAACGCAGCACAGGCACAGGCGAUUUACGGUAGCGGCAUGCCGAAGAUGAUCUUGGCGCUGCGCGGCGGCUGCAUGGUAUAUGUCAAGGCCAUGGCAGCGGCCGCCGCGGGUGCAGCCGCCGUCGCCAUCAUCAACGACACGCCUGGCGCCGUCCAAAGUCUGUUGCAGGUUAACCCCACAAAUACAACCCUUCCGACAGCCCCCCUGUCUCAGACUGUAGGGCUCAGGGUGCUGAUGGCGCUGGGCGCUGGCGCCCGCGUCUUUGCACGUGCCGAAUGGCAUCCGGAUCAGCCGUACAGCCAAGUGCCGUCGUUCUCGGCGUACGGCCCUACCGUGGAUGGACGCAUAAAGCCCGACUUGGUGGCGCCAGGCGUGGCUGUGCUGUCGGCGUGGACUGACGGGAUGUCUCGGGGUGCUAGCGACAACUGUACGACGCGGCGGGUGAUGAGCGGUACGAGCAUGUCGGCGCCACUGGUGGCGGGUGCUGCUGUGCUGGCGCGACAGUACUUCACGACGGGGUUUUAUCCUUUCGGCCGCAAUGACACGCCAGGUGCCGCGCCGUUCAUCCCCAGUGGCAUGCUGCUCAAGGCCGUGCUAAUAGGAGGAGCGUACGACAUGCAGCAGGGGAUGUCGCUGAGUACACUAACGCAACUUGAACCGGCACCGUCGGGAUAUCAGGGCUUUGGCCGGGCGGAUCUUAGCAGCUCCUUGCCCCUAGGGCCCCAGGCAGCGGCAGCCUCAGCCUCCGCCUCCGCCUCCGCCAGCAGCAGCAGCAGCAGUAGCAAGGGCAAUAGCAAGGGCGGCAGCGGCGCUAGCAGCACCUCGUCCUGCGCCAACCCGUCGCUACAGCUCAUCGACUACGUGCCGAUACAGGAAGGCGACGUCCACGCCUACUACAUCAUCGCCACAGGCUCCGGGACUGUCGUGGUGACCCUCGCAUGGCCAGAUCCCCCGGCUGAAUCUCUGGCGCUUUACGCGCUAGUCAACAACCUGGAUUUAGAGGUCGUACUCAGUACGACAAGCUCCACAGGAAGGGCCACUGACGCCGCCGCGGACGGUGACGCCGUCAUGGUGUUUUAUGGGAACAGCGGCUGGAGUGCGGGGGGGGCCAAUGGCAGCAGGACAGACCGGCGCAACACGGUGGAGCGCGUGACGGUGCCCGCGGGGCGGCCGGGAACGCUACAGAUACGGGUGGUGGGGGCUGAGAUCAACUCCAGGUAUAUCACACGGUUUGCGACGGAUGAUCAGCGGUACGCUCUGGCCGUUCACGGUUGUUUCACUGGACUGCUCUUGAGUGAGCAUAAUCCAGACCGCCGGGCGUGGCGGCGUUUCAUGGAGCCCGGGCUGGAGCCACCGUCGCCGCUGUUGGUCGCGCCAACAGAAUCGGUUGACGCACAAGUACGGUAA